AUGGCCAAGGUUUUCGACGCGGCUGAAGUGGCCAAACACAACACCCCAGAGAGUUGCUGGGUCAUUCUUUAUGGCAAAGUCUACGACGUGACUGAGUUUCUUCCAUCGCAUCCCGGUGGUAAGAAGAUCAUCCUGAAGCUCGCGGGGAAAGAUGCCACCGAUGAAUAUGAUCCCGUUCACCCACCGGGAACCCUCGAGGAGAACCUCAAGCCCGAGAAUAUCCUCGGUGAAGUGAAUCCCGAAACACUCACCGACUCCCAAUCGACCAGCGAAAACACCACCACACAGUCCCGAGAUAACCAGUCGCCACCAAUGGCAUCACUCAUGAAUCUCGAUGAGAUCGAGGAGGAGGCUACCAAGCGCAUUUCGAAAAAGGCUUGGGCAUAUUACUUCUCAGCCGCCGACGAUCUAUUUUCAAAAACAUACAACAACCAUGUCUAUAAAAAUAUACUUCUUAGGCCACGUGUAUUUGUUGAUUGUACAGCUUGCGAUCUUUCAACCACAUUGAUUGGCAACAGAGUCGGGCUACCAAUAUUUGUCGCCCCUGCUGCUAUGGCCCGCCUGGCUCAUCCCGAUGGAGAACAAGGCAUCGCCAAGGCAUGCUCUCGAUUCGGGGCCAUGCAGAUUGUGUCGAACAACGCGUCGAUGACUCCUGAGCAAAUCAUCGAGGGCGCAAAGCCAGGCCAGACCUUUGGUUGGCAACUCUACGUCCAGAACCAGCGAGAGAAAAGCGAGGCGAUGCUCAAGCGCAUCAACUCUAUGCGAGAGUACUACAAAUUUAUCUGCCUGACCCUUGAUGCGCCUGUUCCUGGUAAACGCGAGCUGGAUGAGAAGCAAAACUUUGAUUACUCUGAACCCAGCCCUGCCAGUGGUGAGAGCAAGCCCGGUGCUGGAGGUGUUGGUCAACAGCUGUUUUUUGGCACAGCGGCCGACUUGACUUGGAAGACAACUCUUCCCUGGCUAGCUGCUCACACAGAUCUACCCAUCGUUCUCAAGGGUCUGCAGACUCAUGAGGACGCUUAUCUCGCAGCAAAGUAUGCUCCUCAAGUAAAGGCCAUCAUCUUAUCGAACCAUGGCGGUCGUGCUGUCGACACAGCCCCUCCCGCUAUACACACACUUCUCGAAAUCCGCAAGUACUGCCCUGAGGUUCUGAGCAAGGUCCAGAUAUGGGUUGAUGGAGGCAUCAAGCGAGGAACAGAUGUUGUGAAAGCAUUGUGUCUGGGAGCCAGCGGAGUCGGUAUUGGACGAGGUGCUCUUUUUGGACUUGGCGCUGGUGGCCAAGCCGGCGUCGAGAGAACACUCGAGAUCCUCGAGGCAGAGACAGCAACAUGUAUGCGAUUACUCGGAGCCAAGAAUAUCUCGGAGCUCGGUCCUAAAUUCGUCAAUGCUCGACAGGUGGAACGAGAUAUCUACGAUGGAGAUUCAGGGCUGGACCGUCAAGGCCUGUGGACAAAGUCUAAACUGUAA